AUGUGUGAUCGAAACAACAGCUGGGUAUUUAAUGAUGCACUUCUGUUGUGUGCCGAUAAAGAACAAUGGAUUCCUAUUAUAAAUAUCAAUACCAAUACCAAUAUGAAUAUGAAUAAGAAUAAUAAUAAUAAUAAUAAUAAUAAUAAUAAUAAUAAUAAUAAUAAUAAUGGGAUUACAAGUACUCCUCCAUCUUGUCAAGUAUACACCGCUGUCAAUACUACCAAUACUAUGAAUAUUUUUAACAGAGAAGAUUAUAAUUUACAUCAAUACAAUCUUCACAGUCUUAUAAAAGUACAUGCAACACUUCAAUGUAGUCUUGAGGUCUUUACAACAUUUAUUACAAUUCCACAGAAUUUGGAGUAUUAUGAAGAUGGUGUUAUUUUCAAUCAAACACUGGAGGAACGGAAUAAUAAUAAGAAUAAAAAGAAGAAUAGAGUCUUGUGUACAUAUACGGCCUACCGUGGAACCCCACCCGUAGAUGUGAUUACACAACAGCAAUACACCUCCUUUCAUCUCCCAGAGGCGAUCCAUUCAAAUAAAGCAUUGGAAACCUUUUUAACUCAAAUUGUCCAUAAACCUUUUCAAUCAGCAAAUAGUUAUUAUUAUCAUUAUUAUUAUUAUUAUUAUUAUUAUUAUGAUAAUAAUGAUAAUAAUAAUAAUAUCCAUACAGAUAGCAACAGGCCUAUAAAUAGAAAGAAUACCAAUAACACGGAUCUCCACCAAAUUCCAUCAGAAGUAUUUGUCUAUACCAUUCAUAGUAUUAAAGAGCCUUAUAAUAAUAAUAAUAAUAAUAAUAAUAAUAAUAAUAAUAAUAAGGAUAAGGAUAAUGAUAAAAUCUCUAUAUCAAGAUCAACAUCACCUGACUACGUGCGGGGAUGGAUGCAUCUUUCGGCCUUUAUUGCCUAUGAAAGACCAGGCCCAUGUGUAGAGUUAAUUUAUCUCAAAGCUGCAGAUAAACAUCUCAUCAACAUGACUGCACGUGUGGAAGAGAAAAUAACACGUAUACGGAAUUUAUGUGAAUUGAUGCAAAAGAUGAUCUCAAGAAGAAUGCGGGUGGUGAAAGAAAAAGAAACGAAAGAAGAAGAAAAAGAAAAAGGAGAAAAAGGAGAAGAAGCGUAUACAUUACAUCAUAUUAAUUGUAGUUCUCCCGAACCACGAGAGCCUUCUUUUCAAUUUCAAUUCAACAUGUAUGUACCCAAUCAUAUUUCCCGUGCCCAACGUUAUGUUUUUCAACCACUUCUCACACUUCACACCACUGCAGUCUGGCGAUUAUUACAAUCUCAUCAGCAUCAACAUCAUCAUCGUCAACAACAACAACAACAAGAUGGUUGUAGAGUAGAAGUCUGUGAGGCGAGUAAAUAUAUACAAGCCCCACCUUUUCUAAAAGCGUAUCGUAUGUAUAUAAGGAUACGGUGUGGACUGCGAACAUUUCUUUCACUGGUGGGAGAUCCCGCACAGACCCACCGGUAUGAUGCCCUCACAGAUACCGUAACCGUAAUGGAGACCAUCCACACAAGAAGAAAAGAAAUUAUACCAACAACAACAACAACAACAACAACAACAAAUACUACAGCAAUGAGAAAAGAAGAAGGAAAAGAAGGAAAAGGAGAAGGAGGAACUGUUGAAAUGGAAUCUUUAGAUAUUCCAGUUGUGUAUGGACGUUCUCGACGACUAGCGGCGUAUGCAGCGAAACGAGAUUAUUGUGUUCGUAUGGCCCGUGUACUUUUACAGCCGAUGGAAGCAGAGAAAGAAGGAUUAUUAUCUCCCUUAACAACAACAACAACAACAGGAAUAAAAAGAAAAACAAAAACAGGAAAAGAAGAAGAAAAGGAAGAUCAUAAUAAUAAUAAUAAUACUAAUAAUGUAGCUGCUGUAUAUCUUCAAAACUCUAUACAAAGUAGUUUUCGUCCUCCAUGUGAAGGCUAUGAACGUCAAUAUAUAUAUGCCUUUGGGUAUAUUGCGAUUGCCAAUAGUAAUGAUACCCAUUUAGAUGUUUAUCAUAUUGCUUGUGUAGAUUCACAUGAUAUUUCAGAUCACCGAUUAGAAGUAGCGAUGAUGCAGGAACACUGUACACGAAUGGCGUGGGUUCGUCAAAUAUGUGAAGAUUUGCAAAGUAGUACUGCUACUAAAUUUACACCACUUGCGAGUACGAUAACAACAACAACAACAACAACAAAUCCUGCAGCUACACGAACAAAUACUACUAAUACGAAUGCUACUACUAUUACUACGAAUACGAAUAUGAAUAUUAUAAAACUUCAAUCAUCUAUGUUUACAGAACCAGAACCAGAACCAGAAGUACAAUCGAGUUCUUACUUUGAAAAUAAGGAUGAAGAUACAGCUCAUGAAUUUACUGAAAUUCCAACGGUGGAAGAUUCCAUUUCAUUUAUAAAUAUUCAAGAUAUGGAAAAACAUUAUAAUAAUGACAAGACUGGUGGAUAUGAUGUCUCUUUUGAGGAAUUAGAAGGAAUCUUCAAUCUUCCUCAUCCUGAUACCCCUUACAGUGAGGAUGAUAAUAAUAAUAAUAAUAAUAAUAACGAUGAUGAUGUUGUAGUGAUUGAGCCUAUUGCUCCUCCAGCCCCAUUUCGACGUGCUUCUCCAUUGCCAUUACAAAAGAGAUAUACACCUUCUACAGUGGUUGAAUCUAAUCAUGUGCAGACUUCUAUGCAUACACCCACAACAGUCAUUCCAUCCACUGCGACUACUCCCAUUGUUGUUCUCUCUUCAACAAUAGCCGCAGUACCAGUACCAGCAGCAACACCAGCAUCAGAAUCAGAAUCAGUAAUAGCAAGAAGAGCUUUUUCUUCUUCUGUUCCUAUUGGGGUUGAGCCUUUAGUGCCGGCUCUUAUUUCUAUACCUGCUGCUGUUGCUGCUGCUGUUCCUUCUUCUUCUUCUGCGGCUUCACUUCUUGUGGCUUCACCAGUGACGAUCCCAUCCCCAUCCCAAUCAAGAUCACCAGUACCAGCAGGAACAGCACCAGUCCCUAUACCAUUACAAGUUUCUUCUUCUAUUGGAAUGGUUGUGAAUAGAAGUGAAUCACAUCCUCCAGUGAGAAGAAGAAGAAUGGCUGAAGAGGGAAAUGUCUGUGAAGAGAAUGAAGAGGGGACUGUGCAGCUACGCCCUGUAGAGAUUAAUACACCAACAAUAACUACUACUACUACUACUACUACUACUACGACAACACCACCAGCAGCACUUUCUUCUUAUGAAAAUGAUUUUGUAUAUGUAGAUGUAUGGGCAUGCCGGGAUAUGUUAUCCCAACGUACACCAGGACGACACUAUCAUAAUAAUAAUAAUAAUAAUAAUAAUAAUAAUAAUAAUACUCCGCAACAACAGGAAGAAAAACAACGGCAAAUAUGUAUUUUCAUUCGUACAUCAGCGACGAGUGUACGAACGGCGUUUGUGCCCUUCACAGAUAAUCCCGUUUUCCAUAAUGCCCGAUUGCUUCUUAAUGGAGCGCAAGGACGAACAAUGAUUAUCACUGCAGUUCUGCGAACCCAAACAGGGCAUUUGAAAAGACUUGGCACCGCUAUUAUUUCACUGCAACUCUUACAAUCCACAGAGCCACGCACACGAUGGAUUUCACUUGUACGACGUGCCGGUAGUCAUCAAGCUCGACUACGCGGUGAAGUGUUUAUGACUCUACGCGCGAGUGGAUGUAAUGUCUGGCGUGAUGCCUAUCGAGUAGAUGAAAGAAAAGAAGUGUUAGUGCGAAAACGGGUAUUAGAAGUGUUAUUAUCAUCUGGUGGACGUCAUUUACAUCGACUUGAAUGGAUUGUUGGAUGUUGUUGUUGUUCCUGUUCAACUCCACGAGAAGUAGAUACAAUCUUGGCACGUUAUAAAGGACGUGAUGAAGAAAAAAGUAAAAGUAAGAGUAAGAAUAGAAGUAAUAGUAAACAUAAAUGGAGUAGUCAUAUUUCUCUUACCAUAGUGGAUGUACGUGCUUUAAUGUUAAUAAGUACAGGACUCCCAUUAAGAAGUUCCCCCGCAUGUCGAGUGAUGAUAGAAACUAAAGAAAGUCUUCACCGUACACGUAUAGUUCCAUUACAAGAAGUUGCCGUUUUUAAUGAAUCCUUUACACUUCAUGUUACUCCAGAAACAAUUAUUUAUAUUACUGUAUUUGCAUCUUCUAUAAAAGUAGGGGAAUUAUGUAUGGCCUCUACUUUACAAGAUGGGAUUCGUUCACAUACUAUUGUUGGAGCUGCAGGUACAAAGGAGGCAUCACCGUGUGGAAGUAUUACUGUUUCCAUUCGAACAUUAAAUAAUGAUAAUAAUAAUAAUAAUCUUCAUAUUAAUGGUAAUAGUAGUAGUCGUGGGAAUAGUAGUGGUAGAAUACGUCGACCUGUACAGUAUAAUCGUACAGUGGAAGAAAACCGUAGAACGCAAUUACGUUUACUUUUAUGGAAAUACGCUCGUGAGGAUUUACAUAAUUUAGAUGUGAUUGUAAGUUCAUCUCAUAGUAUACAUCAUUAUUCCAAUAAGUUUAAGGCAGAAAUGGGAAGAUGUGAUUUACGAGUAUCGAUUAAACGAUGGAAUGCUUAUGAUAGUACAUGGGAUAGUCCUUCGGUGGCGGCUACUUCUGCUGCUAUUUCUAAUUCUAUUUCUUCUUCAUUAUUUUCUACUUCUUCUAUUUCGACUUCUGCAGAUGUUAUUAUGGAACAUAAUAAUAUUCUUCCAUUUCGUCGAGUUUCUAUUAAACGUGGUGGUGUUUAUGCCUUUAUACAUGUUGGUUUACAUCAUUGUUCAACUAAUGUUGUUAGUAUGAGUGAUAGUGGUAUCGCCCAAUUUGAUGAUCCUGUUAUUUUUCGUGGUGUACUUCCAGAAAGAGAUGAAAUCCUUUUAGCCUUAAUAAGUAAAGGAAUUGCUGGAUUAGAUGAGACGGAUUUAGGAAUUAUUUCUCUCUCACUUCGUCCAUUACGAGAAAAACAACCUUUACUUCUCACAGUUCCACUGGUAAGAUGUGCGGGUAGUAAGAAUGCCUAUUUUAAAGGAUCUAUACAAGUAGAAUUAUUGGCAUUAAAUUUUAACGGUACAGAUGGUAUUGUACGUGGGAUUAGCCCUUCGCCUAAUAUGAUCAAUACUAUGAAUAUCGCUCAAAAUAAUAAUAAUAAUAAUAAUAAUAAUAAUAAUAAUAAUAAUAAUAAUAAUAAUAUUGGUGAUUACACAGUUGUAAACACUUCCUGUCGUGCCUGUGUGCAGCGAAUGCUUUAUCGCUAUGCACCUCAACAACUACACCGUGUGGAGUGUCUUCUUGCUGAAAACGCUAAUCAUUCUGAGGAACUUGUUCAUCAAUUACAACAACAAUAUGGACCAGAUAUACUUUCAUCUCCUAUGCAAUUACGUCUUAUUGGUAUUCGUGAUUUUAAGCCAGGAUGUUCUUGUUAUGUAAAGGUAUAUAUGAAUGGAGAGGCAAUAUUACGCACAUCUACACAAGCAGCUUCUUCUAAUAUUAUAUUUACAUUAGAGGAUGUAAAGAAUAGUACUACCGUUGUAUUAAAUGAUCCUCAACAUGUACGAAUACGAUUUAAAAUUGCCCAACAUCGUUAUUUACAAUCUAUUAUACUCGCCUUUGCUGAAAUAUCUUUACGAAAUAUGAUAGCAGGAAAAGAGAAUAUAUGUUGGAUUCCACUCUUUGAAAGUAAUACCAAUACACAUAGUAAUGGUAAUAAUAUUACUUGUAAUGGUAUGUUUAUUGGAUAUCUUGGUGUUUCUUUAACUUCAGAUGGAUUUAUUCGCCGUGAAUUCGAAGAGGAACCAUGGGAAGAUGUGGAGAAGGAUGUGAUUUCACUUUUACGUCGAUAUAGACCACAUGCCUUACCCUUUAUUCAACCAUUAAUAACAGAAAUGAAUCAUGUGGCUUCUGCACAUACAGAACUACGAAGUCGUAUCCUCGCAAGACCUAUUGCAGCUACUAUAUAUAUUACCAUUGAUCAGUUAACACUCACUGAUCAUAGUGAACAAUCACAACAAUCACAAUCUCAAUCACAAUCUCAAUCUCAAUCGCAACAACAACAAGAAAGAGAAUGGGAAAGAGAUGAAUAUAUAAUAACAGCUUCUUGUGGACAUGAUGAAGGAAGUGUAACCUGUAUGGGUUCUUCUAUUAUAGAAGGAACUAAUGGAGGUAUUAUUCGUUUAGAUAUUUCCGAUAUAGAAGAAAAAACAGAAAAAUAUCCUCAUCAUUCUCAUGAACAUCAACAAUUAAUUCUUACAGUUCGACAAGUUCGCAAUACACGUUCCUUAUCACGAUCAGGGAAAAAACGAUCUUCUCCCGCAUCUCUACAAAGUCAUCAUUCGAAUUCUCCACGCCGUACACCUAAAACACUACCACCAAUGGAAAUUGGUCGAGUAGUAGUUUCUAUUAGAGCUUUACUGACUUCUCUUUUAUAUGAUAAAGAUGAACGCGUUACUAUGCCGUUAAUAUCUUUUAUGCGAAGUCCAUCUUCACGAAUGACAUUACAACAACAAUGGAUACUUCAACAACAACAACAACAACAACAAAUGUCUGGUGUAACGGUUCCUUUUAUAACGGAUGUUGUCGGUUCUAUUACAUUUAGUGUUUCUUCAUCUUCUCUUGAAAAGAUUCCAUCAUGGUUGCAGUUUAAUCCUAACAAGGUAGAAAAAUAUGCUGUAGUAGAUCGUCUCUUUAUUCGUUAUUAUGAAAACUAUAUUCGUGAGAUCAUGGCAAGAUAUGAUCCACAAAGUUUAUUGGAAUUACAUUAUACAAUGUAUGAACGGGAUGUGGCCCAGGGACAAUGGAAUCAAUCUUUACGUGAUUGGAAACGUGUAUUGCUGCAGCGGUUUGGAGAUGUGAAAACUUCAUCCGAUUCCCCACCACCACCACUACUACCACGACCAUCACAACAACAAGAAGAAAAUGAAAAAGAAGAAGAAAUAGAAAGAGAAGGAAAUAUAAUGGAAUUGGAGGGAAGAGAUGAUAAUCAUGAUAAUGAUAAUAAUAAUAAUCAUUAUAAUGAUAAUGAUGAUGAUGGUGGGAUGAUAAAUAAUGACUUGAACGUCCAAUAUUCUACAGAAGUGGUAUCUAAUGAUGUAUUGGAUGGAAAUAAUAAUAAUAACAGUAAUGAUGUGAAUAUGAUUACGAUGGAUCAUAAGGCUUCAGGUGUUUGCCGAAUGCUCUCCUUUUGA